GUAAACAUCACAGUUUAGCAUGGAGGCGUACUGUAACCACUGAGGCUAACGUGGUUAAAAUUGGAAAUGUUGCCACGCUGUUGUUUUGAAUUAUAAAGAAUUUUAUGCCAUUGAAGACACAAUGGAGAAAAAUAUACAGAAUCUGCCUAUCGACAUCCAAAACAGUAAACUUCUGGACUGGUUGGUUGACCGGAGACACUGCACAUUGAAAUGGCAAAGUGCCAUGUUAGAGAUCCGAGAGAAGAUCAACGCAGCCAUUCAAGAUAUGCCAGAGAAUGAGGAGAUUAAACAGCUUCUGUCGGGAUCCCACAUCCAUUACUUUAACUGCCUAAGGAUAGUGGAAAUUCUGAAAGGAACCGAGGCAUCCUCCAAGAACAUUUUUGGCAGAUAUUCAUCUCAGAGGAUGAAGGACUGGCAAGAAAUCGUGUCCUUGUAUGAAAAAGACAAUGCUUACUUGGCGGAAGUGGCUAGCCUGAUGGUGCGUAGUGUGAGCUAUGAGGGCCCUGCCCUGAGGAAGCAGGUGACCAAAGCCCAGCAGCUCCAGCAGGAGCUGAGCCGCCGCGAGGUGGAGUGCCAGAACUCAGCCGCCGUCAUGAGGGAGCAGUACUAUGCUGCCUGCAAGCAGUACGGCAUCACGGGGGAUAAUGUGGCCAGGGAGCUCCAGUCUCUGGUGACGGACCUGCCCACCACUCUGGGGGAAAUUGGGAAGGACGCCGCCUGUCUGGGCGAGCUCAUCCAGCUGUACACGGCCUUCGCACAGUUUGUCUCGGACUGGCAGGAGCCAGUUCUGCCCAUGCUACAGUUUAUUCAGCAGAAGGGCAACACGACAGUGUACGAGUGGAGGACGGGGAAGGAGCCAACAGUCAUCGAGAGGCCUGUGGUGGAGGAGGCUCCGCCGGACACAGUCACAGAGGAAGUGAUUGAUUGGGGUGACCUAGGUGCAGGAACAGACUCGGCCGAUGUGAACUUUGGGAUCACUGUGGAGGACGGAGUGGACUGGGGCAUCAGUCUGGAUCCUGGGGUAGAGGAAUCUGGUGCGGAUGGGAUUGACUGGGGAGAGAGUGCCGCUGUCCCUGUAGAGAUUGAAGUUGUCGACGCAGGAACAGACUGUCCAGAGGGCGUGGCGAGGGGUGAAGAUGCGUUGACUCUUCUAGAAACCCCACACACACGCAGCCAGUUCAUUGAUGAGCUGAAGGAGGUGGAGUUGUUCCUGGUCCAGCGUCUGAGCGAGAUGAGUGUGGAGGGCGACGUGGUUUCCAUGAGCCAGUUCCAGCUAGCGCCCUCGGUCAUCCAGGCGCAGACAGCGUUGCGCGUGGCGGCCAUGCUGGCCGAGGUGCGCUCUCUGGUGGAGCGCCUGACCUCGCUGCGCAUGCAGCACCUCUUCAUGAUCCAGGCCUCGCCGCGGUAUGUGGAGCGUGUGUCGGAGAUGCUGCGUCAGAAGCUGAAGCAGGCGGACAUCCUGCUGCUGAAGCGGACGAACCUGGCCGAGAAGAGGCAGGAGGCUCUGGAGGAGCAGGCCAAACUGGAGCCCCGCGUCGACCUGCUGGCGGCACGCAUCCAGGAGCUACGCAAACUGAUUGAAGCAGACAUUUCAAAGCGCUACAACAACAGGCCAGUUAACCUGAUGGGUGUCAAUAUUUGACCAGAGACGGUGUUAUUUCAUAUUAAUAAAUAUUUUAUUUGAUGACCAGACUUGUGCAAUGAUCUCCUCUUAAAAACAGGUCGUUAGCCAACAGAGGAAGAGGAGGGAGACUGAUAAUGAUUUCACUGUAUUAAAGCCCCUUUCAAUGGUGAUGAAGGCCAAUCGUGAACCUUCAGCACCAAUGCAUUUUGCAUGGUUGCUUUAAAACACUGUUAAAAAAUGUAAUCAAUGAUCAACCCUUAAAUUACAAGAGAUGCAUUUAUAGAUGACAUCUAUAGAUGUCUAAUUUGUAGCCAGCAACAUGGGUGCCUCUCAUAACAGCUCUCUCUCCCCUUUGUGUGGGUGAGAAUGCAACUGAACUCUUUCUGGCUGGAUUGUGUGGAUGUCGGAUGGUUGUGUGGGGGCAUGUAGUGCCCCACUCUCAGUCCCAUGGCUUCUGUUCUCAUUCAUGCCAUGACUCCUCAUCAAGGCGCAGUGCUCGAAUGACAUGCCUCAUUACCGGUCACGUCGCGUGGUCUCGCCGCGGCCACAGCGGAGCUGGGCACACCAGUGCCUCCCGGCGGGCGAUGACGAUGACUCCACGUAGAUAGAGCAGCGCUCUCACCUCGCUUACACACACACACACAGACUCUUACGCAUACAUACAAACACACACACACAACCUGAUACACAGUGGAGCACAGAGCCUUAACUGUAUGUAUCAGUUGGAAAAGGGCUGUGGUUUAGAUGCAUAAGAUUGCGCUCUGAUGAAAAUCUUAAGGUCAUCACACACUGAAUGGUCUUUACGGAGUUGUUCUCCUCAGAGCGCAUGUCAUGCCAUGUAACCCAGGUUAGGUUCUACUCGGAAUCUCCGUGCACACAAGCCACAAGCAAUUUGUAGUAAAACGUUUCCAUCAUUGGCUGAAUAGAUGGUGAUGAUUAUGUGAAAUUGUAGUACUAAACUGGAGAUAUCUUGUGUGAAAUUAGUCUAAUUUAAUGCCGUUUGUAAUUGAUAAUUGUGAGUAAACGUAUUUUUCUAAUCCUCUAUUGAAAUGUUAAGUUUGCUUUUCCUCGUCAUUUGGCAUUGAUCUUCAGUGUAACCCAUUUUGAUAAGACACUUUCUCUGUCUCUCUCUUUCACACACACACACACAAUGAUAUGUGUGUACAUCUUAUCUCUACAUAUAGAUCUCUGUGUUUAAUUAACGUAAUUUCUCAGCCUUGAUCUGUGACUAACUGUUUCUCUUCUUUCAAAAACGCAAUAAAUCGGUAUGGCCCAACAGCCAACCAUUUUAAAGUGA